CUUUCGGACAGCUGUGCGUUGGGAGUGUGAGGCAUUCGGCCGAGAGAGCGGCUUAGCGAAUCAGUGGAGUCAUCCGUCACACCGUCGCCCUGUCGACUGGUGUGGUGGGAUGGCGGGCCGCUGAGCUGACAGAAAGAGUGAGGGCUGCAGUGAGGCCCACAGACACUCUCGGCCGCACACAUUGGCUCUGCAAUGACUGCAGAUCUGAGGCGACCGGUGGAUGGGCGCAGUGAGGCGAUAGCAUAGACACUGAGGGCACAUCAGCUGCAGGUGAGAUGAUUCAAUGGACUCAUCCAUCUAUUCAUCUCAAUGCCUCUGUGUGUGUGUUUGGUUCGUGCAGCUUGGUUGCCGCAUCACAAUGGCGGCCUCUGCUGGUGCUGGUGGUGGUGGUGGUGUUAGUAUCAUAAUGCCCAAGUGCAGUGUGUGUGAUGACGACUACCAAUCGCAUGGCGACAAGGCGCCCGACCAGCUCAGAUGCGGUGAGCAAUGCACACACACGGCACACAAGGCCAACAGGAUGAUGAUCAGUGUGGCUCUGUCUGGUGUGUUUGGCGGUUUCUGUUUGCUUAGGUCAUUCCUUCUGUGCGGCGGUGAGUGAGUGGGCACUGGAGAGGGUGUUGGUGACAAUGGCAUGCCAUGUGUUUGUCUGCAGUGCGUCAGAGGGCUCAUCCGCCAUCACCCCUACGGCCGUCGUGCUGCCAAGUGCGCCAUCUGCAGGUAAACUAAGACAUCAAGGCGACACACAUAUGGGUCGUUCGACGUGCCCCCCUCCCUUCGUGUGUGCGUUGUCUUGAUCAGGGCGGCGACUGCGGAGGUCGACGUCCGUCCCAACCACGGCAUGAGAGAGGCCAUGGCGUCGCUGCUGGCGAUUCGCAUGCAGACGGUGCGAACAAUCUGACAGACGCCAUGACUUCGGCAGCCAUCGUCGCAUAUGUGUGUGUGUGGCUGGUCAGGUGAGUCUGCCGGAGGGCACUUCACUGACUCGACAGGAGUACUACGGCCUUCUGGGACUGCUGGGCGACCACAGCAUGAAGCUUCAGUCCAUCUACCGGUAUGUAUGCAGCCGACACGCACACUCACACACACUCACACUAUCCAUCCAUGUGACAAUGAUGGUGAAUUCGGUUUUCUUUUUUUUUUGUCUCUGUGUGUGUGUGUGUGUGCAUCAGGGCGUCGCGUGACGGCACCACCUACGACGAUUUGCUGCGUUGUGUUUGCGACAAGACCGGCCUGGCCUUCAUCAUCCGGAAGGGCGAGUACGUUUUCGGCGCCUUCAUCAGUGCCGGCAUCCGACUGCCUGACGACCCGACCGACACCAACCGGUACGACUGUGACGUCUGGCAUUUCUCGCUGGCCGGCCACUUCGCCCAGCCCACCAAGAUAGAGAUCAGCCGAUUGGCGCAGUAUGUGGCGGUGGCGGGGAGGGAGGGUCGUGUGUGGGGUGCGAAGGUGUGGAUCGGUGGGGACCUGUGGUUGGGUGACGGCCGUGGCAGUGGUCGGCCGGCUGCCGACAUCCGCAGCUGCUACCAGUCCACCGACAGGAACGAGGUGCCUGAGGGCUAUGUGGGGGCGAGGAAUAGCUAUGGCAGUGCUCUGCUGGGCGGGUCAUUCUUCUUCGAUGCGGAUGAGAUAGAGGUGCUGCACGUGGGCGGGCAGUGAGUGUCUGUUUGGGGUGCAUUUGCUUCUCGACGUG